UAGUUAUGCUUCUAAUUAUUAUUACUAUAUAUUAAAUUAUUAUUAUUUUAAUUUUUCAAUAUCUCGUUAAUAAUAUUCAAUAAAAAGCAAAUUUAAACACUCUGCCUUUUAUUUCAUCAAAACAAAAUACGAAUCAUGACUGUCUUUAGUUCUAAUAACGAGAAAAUCAAAGAAAAUUUAUUAGAUAAUAAAGUAGAUGAGCAGAAAGAAAAUAACAUAAACGAUAAAAAUCAAAAUAAAAAAUUUGAUAAGAAUGCUUCUACGAUAGACAAUUCAGUAGAUGAUGCGAAUUGGGGUUAUGAUUUAUAUCCUGAAAGAAGGGGAAGAUAUAAACCCACAUUUUUUAGGAAAUUAAUAGGCGAAGGAAAGGAAGAGUUAACCAGACUAAAAUGUGAAGGAAACGUGUACAAAUGUAUUAAAAAUAGCCAAUUAGUACAACUUAUGAUGGCAGCAUUAAAAAGCUCGGGAUGUGAAAUUGAUAUGCGUCGUCAUAUUUCUUGUGAAAUAUGUGACUAUUCUGUAAGAGGUGGCUAUGAUGCACAACUUAAUCAGAUUGUUGUAUGCCAAAAUACUGCUCGCAGUGAAUCAAAAGUACAAGGUGUAUUAGCUCAUGAAAUGAUACAUAUGUUUGAUUACUGUCGUAAUAAAUUGGAUUUUAAGAACAUCGAUCAUUUAGCUUGCACAGAAAUAAGAGCAGCCAAUCUUGUACAUUGUAGUUUUAUGAGUGCCAUGAUUCAAGGAACUGCUUCUCCAUUUCAUAUAAAAAAAGCUCAUCAAGAUUGUGUAAAGAACAUGGCAACAGCUUCUAUAAUGGGAGUACGUAAAGUAACAGAACAAGAAGCUAAAAUAGCAAUAGAAAAAGUUUUUCCCAUGUGUUAUAAUGAUUUAGAGCCAAUUGGAAGACGUAUUCGUAGAAACUCUUUGGAUAUUAGUAGAGCAUAUAUGGAAGCUCCACUUUAUGGAUAUAUACAUGAUCAUUAAUAGAUUAUCUUCAAAGAACUUAUUUUAAAAGUACACAUAUAAAAUAAAUUCAACAUAUAAAAAGCAACUUCCACAGUUUCUUUAAUAUUAUUAUUUCUAUAAGAAUAUAUUAUAUUACCAAUAUUGUAAAUAAUUAUAAAUAUAUUAUGUUAUUAUUAAACACUUCAAAUUUCAAAAAUAAUUUUUAACCGAAAUAUAUCAUGAAAUAUUAUUACGGGAUCAUAUAAUAUGACAUAAGAAUUUUAAUCUUUUGAAUUGAAAAAAAUCUUGCUAAGUCACGACAGUUAGAUAAGUUGGUUUAAUUGUAAAAUAUUAAUCAUUUUAUUUUAUAUAUAUUUUACAUUACAUUUCACAAUUAUUUUAAUAAAGAAAUUUUGUCAUUUUUCCACAUUGCUUAUCAAACACAAAAAAUUAUCAUGAAUAAUUUGUUAUAUAUUAAAGAAUAACUAUUUUUGUCACAAUGUUAAAAUAAAUACCAAUAAUGUAGAAAAGAGAUAAUUUGUUACCGGUUGCUUUU